AUGGAUAAUAGUGGUUUAGAGAAUGCUAGUAGUACAUCUACUAGCACAACCACUACAAAUAAUAGUGGUACAGCUACUAGCACAGCCAAUAUUAAUAAUAAUGAUUUUAAUGAUACAAUUGAUACAAGUAAAGAAAAUUUUAUAGCACCACCAACCAUUAAAGUUAUUCCAUUUAUUAAUUCAAGAAAAAAAGAGAUUAAGGAAUUUAUGAAAAUGGUUCAAACUAAAAAAAGCAAUUCAAGAUCAUUUCAAACUUUACCAAGAUAUCUUAGAAGAAGAACAAUGAGUCACAAUGUUUAUAGAUUACCAGUUCAUUUAAGAAAAAAAGGUAAAUACGAAAUGGAAAAGUCAGCAACUUCUUCAGGUGGUAAUUUAACAAAGGAAAAGAAAAUGGUUAGAAAAUCAAAGAGAAGACCAUCCUAUUUAUUACGUGAUUAUGAAAGAAGACAAAAGCAAUUUAAAUGGUUAGAAACUCAUAUUUGGCACGCUAAAAGAAUGAAAAUGUUGAAUUUGUGGGGUCAUAAAAUUGCAAAAUCAAUCAAUCGUAAAGGUGUAAGAUCCACAUUUAGAGCAUCCUCUCAUUUAUCCACAAUAUAUGAUAGCUCUUAUUUCAACUGUAUAGAAAUUAAAGGAACUGAAUCCAAUAUUAUAAACUUUUUUAAAAGAUUUACCGAUCCAAAUUCAAUUUCAAUUUCAAAUAAAGGUUUUUUAAAUGGUAGCAGAGAAGGUUCAAUCGAUUUAUAUUAUACAGAUAGAUUUCCAUUUCAUUUUAUUUGUCCUACUAGAUUUUUAUGGAAGCAAGAAAUCGAAAAUGACAAUAAAAAUGUAAAUAAUAAAGAAAGAAUGAUUUGGAUUUGGAUUCACCCAGCAGCUUUAAACGAAAUUACUUUUAUUUUUGAAAAGAAUGCAGGCGAAUAUAAUUUAAAUAUUAAUAAUUUAGAACAUGGUUUACAGAGAUUUGAAUUAACAGGUUCAAAAUCACACGCAGUAUUAAAUUCAAUUUUAUUUUUAAGACAAGAUAAAGAUUCAGUAAAUAAUAAUAGUAAUCAAUUAGACUCUAAUCAUGUUUGGGAGUUAUUAAAUAGUUUAAGAACACCAGCAACUUUACCAAAAGGAACAGUAAUUUCAUUAAAGGUACACGAUCCUAGAUUAGCAUGUAAAAUACCAACAGAAACAGCAUUGUCAGCAAGAACAGUUUCAAAACCACAAAUUAAAAAGCAACAAACAGCACAACCAACACAACAACAUUCAAUAAAUCAAAUUAUUGUAAAUUGGACACAUUAUUGUAAACAAGUAGCAGUUUCAGAUUUAUGGUGUUCAGAAAAAAGAUCAUCAAUAUCAAAAAAUAUUGAACCAAAUAACUCUGUUAAUCAAAGAAGAAAAAAUUUAAAAGAUUUUAAUGAAAUUGGUAGUAAAUAUUCAUCACCAAGUAUUAUGUUAGUUCAAAGAGAUGGUGGGUUAACACGUGGAUAUGGUUCAGGUUGGGAUAUUAUCGUACCAGCAGGUUGGGGUUUAGCAUUUUGGAUACCGUUAAUAUAUAGUGGUGCAUGGUCAAUUGGUUUGGAAGAUAGGGAUAGAUUUUUAUUAGAACAAGGUUUACCAAGUUAUCCUAAGGAUUUCCCAGAUUGCAAAGCAGGUAUAGAGUAUAAUCAAUUAUUAGCAUUCAUUAAACAAGAAAAAUAUAAUAGAACUCCAAAAUCUAAAAAAAUCAAUUAUUUGAAAAAUUCAAUUUUCUUCCCAUUUUCACCAUAUUGGGAAUGGGUUUUAAAAUUCAAUAAAAAUGAAAUUUUAGAUUUUAAUAUCAGUGGUGAACCAGAACAAAAAGAAGAGGAAAGUGAAAAAGAAGAAAAUAAAGAAAUUGAACACAAAUCAAAGAAAUUAAAAAAUAUUAUUGGUACCGAAGGUGAAGUUGUAUUAAAAUCCCAACCAUAUUUUGUUUAUAGAGGAAAAUUGGCUUUAUCAUUAAUCGAUCCUGAUAAUUAUCCAGUAAUGAAAAAUAGUACAUAUAUACCAUUUGAUCAAGAAUAUAUAAAUAAACCAAACGAUAGAGGAUUAUUACGUGUUAGUAUUAAAAUGUUUCAUAGAGGCAAACCAUUGCCAAAUUCAGUUAUAUAUGAACCAUUAGAAUCAGAUGUAGAAUUGUUGCAAUAUAAAUACUAUAAAAGAGAUUACAGUCCAAUCCAAUUAGAAUCACCAAAAUUAAAAAAACUAAAGAAACCUUCAACCAUUACAACCAAUGAUCUCUUUGAAUAUUAUGAUCAAAUGGGAAGAAAACCAAUUGGUUUCGUUACAAAUGGUGAACAAUCUUUAGCUAGAGGUUUCGGAUCUGGUAUCGGUUAUUGUUCAGCCACCGAGUUUGUUAGAAUUCAAAACUAUUCAAUAGAAAAAAAUUAUACACCCAAAGGUUUCGCAUUUAUCCAAAAUCCAAAAUCUAGAACUCUAUAUCCUGUUAUUUUAACAAUUCAACCUUAA